CCGAAACAAAAUGUUUAAAAUUUUGAUUAUUGCCGCUUUAGCCACUUUAACACAAGGUGUUAAAAGUUAUGGUGGUGCUCUUGGUGGUGGUGGCGGUGGUUAUGCUUUGAGUGGCGGUUAUGGUGGUGGUGCAUAUGGUGGUGGUGCUUAUGGUGGUGGUGCUUAUGGUGGUGGUGCUUAUGGUGGUGGUGGUUACGGUAGUUACGGUGGUCAUGCCGUUAAUCUGGCAGUAAAAUCCCAUCAUAAUGUACAAUAUUAUGAUGUACCAUCACAUGGUUAUGUUCAUCCGGUCAACAUUGAAGUUGGUGCCCAAGCCAUUCCAGUGAAUAUGAUUUUCCAUUCACAAUCAUCACAUUUGAAUGUAAAACAACAUCAUGAAAAUCAAGGUGGUUCGUUCCAAGAAUCACAUUCACAAGAUGAACCACAUGUCUUGAAACAUUCGGUUACAAAACCGGUUAUUCAGCAUGUACAGGAAAUCAUUACACCAUUUCGACGAAUUCAACAAGAAGUUCAGCCAGUUCAAGAAGAAAUUCAAACUUUGGUUGCACGAAAAUCUCAUGGCGGUGGCUCUUUUAUUGGUGGUGGUGCUGGUGCUGGUCUAGGUGGAUUUAAUGGUGGUUUUGGCGGAUUCAAUGGCGGUAGUUUUGGCGGAUUCAAUGGCGGUGGUUUUGGUGGCUUUAAUGGUGGUGGUUAUGGUAAAUUGGCCACACUUGGUGGUGGGUGGCAGAUUUUGGAUGAACAUUCAUCGUCAUUAUUUAAAAAAAAAUAUAUACAUAAACAUGUAACACAUAUUCAAUUGAUUGAUUGA